CUUCCUGUUGCAGGCUCUUUAUUGAAUAUUAACGUGUAUUUAAUACCUCCAAGAACCGUUAACUGGAUUUAGCUGAUACAUUGUUUUAUUUACGAACUCUAAAUGCUUCCGUUGUAUAAAAGCACAAGGUACCUUUACUAACGUUAAUAACGUUGAUGUAGGCGUGCUUUGCGUUGGAAUGUACCAUUUUUGCCAACACGGAAGGAUUUUGUUGUGACAGCGGAGAAACCGAGAAACCGAGAAACCCGGCGGGGGCACUAGACGGUCAUAACGGAAAGUUAGGUUUUUUCAUCUUGGAUCAACAAUGGCAUUCAGCAAGGGAUAUCGCAUUUACCACAAGCUGGACCCACCCCCCUACAGUGUUAUAGUGGAAACUAGAACCAGGGAGGAAUGCCUCAUGUUUGAAUCGGGGGCUGUUGCUGUUCUGUCGGCGGCAGAAAAGGAGGCCAUUAAAAACACAUACGCCAAGAUUGUUGAUGCUUAUGGCAUCCUGGGUGUCCUCCGCCUUAACUUGGGUGACUCCAUGCUCCACAGUCUGGUGGUUGUGACAGGAUGCAGCUCUGUGGGGAAGGUGCAGGAUUCUGAGGUUUUCAGGGUCACACAAACAGAUUUUAUAUCGCUGAAGAAUGAUCCAGGAGAUGAGGACCGGAUCGCUGAAGUACGAAAGGUCCUGAACUCAGGACACUUCUACUUUGCGUGGUCUGCCACUGGAGUCAGCAUGGACUUGAGUCUCAAUGCACAUCGCAGGAUCUUAGAGGACACUACAGAUAACCGCUUCUUUUGGAACCAAUCUCUGCACCUGCACCUCAAACACUACGGAGUAAACUGUGAUGACUGGCUGUUGAGGCUGAUGUGUGGUGGUGUGGAGAUCAGGACCAUAUAUGCAGGGCACAAACAGGCAAAGGCUUGCACCUUCUCCCGCCUCAGCUCCGAGCGAGCCGGCACGCGAUUCAACGUCCGAGGUACAAAUGACGAUGGACAGGUGGCCAACUUUGUGGAGACUGAACAGGUUAUUUUCCUGGACGACAAAGUCUCGUCCUUCAUACAGAUCCGUGGGUCCAUUCCUCUUUUCUGGGAACAGCCAGGAAUCCAGGUUGGCUCUCAUCGUGUCAAGCUCUCAAGGGGAUUUGAGGCAAAUGCGCCAGCAUUCGAAAGACACUUCACAGCACUGCGGAGGUUGUAUGGUAAACAGGUGAUCAUCAAUCUGCUUGGGAGUAAGGAAGGAGAACACAUGCUCAGCAAAGCUUUUCAGAGUCACCUGAAGGCAUCAGAGCACGCAACAGCAGUCAAAAUGGUGAACUUUGACUACCAUCAAAAUGUGAAGGGAGGCAAGGCAGACAAACUCCACAGUGUCCUCAAACCCUACAUCAGCAAGUUCAUGGAAGAGUGUGGGUUCUUCUACUACUCGGGAGAGACGGGCAUCGCAAGGACUCAGGGUGGGACCAUUAGAACUAACUGCCUAGACUGUCUGGAUAGAACCAACAGUGUCCAGGCCUUCUUUGCCCUUGAGAUGCUGCCAAAGCAGCUGGAGGAAAUGGGUCUGACGGAGAAGCCCCAGCUGGUGGCCAGGUUUCAGGAGGUUUUUAGGACCAUGUGGUCUGCCAAUGGAGACUCUGUCAGCAAGAUCUAUGCAGGCACAGGUGCCCUGGAUGGCAAGGCCAAGGCGGGGAAGCUAAAAGAUGGUGCUCGUUCUGUGACAAGGACCAUCCAGAACAACUUCUUUGACAGUUCUAAGCAGGAGGCUAUAGACAUCCUGAGGCUGGGCUCCACACUCAACAGUGAUUUGGCAGACAAAGCUCGGGCCCUGCUCACCACUUCCAGUCUUUAUGCCUCCCCAAGAGUAUUGCUGGGAAUGUGUCAGAACUACCAUAAAUACACGAGGCCCAAGAAGAUCCGGGUGUGUGUCGGUACCUGGAAUGUCAACGGGGGUAAACAGUUUCGCAGCAUUGCUUACCGCAACCAGACACUCAACGACUGGCUGUUAGAUGCUCCAAAGAAGGCAGGGCAUCCUGAGUUCCAGGAUAGCAAAGCCAACCCCAUAGAUAUCUUUGCCAUCGGUUUUGAGGAAAUGGUUGAACUAAAUGCUGGCAAUAUUGUCAGUGCAAGCACUACAAACCAGAAACUAUGGGCAGCUGAACUCCAAAAAAACAUAUCGCGGGACCACAAGUAUGUGCUGCUUGCUUCAGAGCAGCUGGUCGGAGUUUGUCUGUUUGUUUUCAUCCGCCCACAGCACGCACCCUUCAUCAGGGAUGUUGCUGUAGAUACUGUAAAAACUGGUAUGGGUGGGGCUACAGGCAAUAAAGGAGGCGUAGCCAUCCGCCUGCUCUUCCACACCACCAGCAUCUGCUUCGUCUGCUCCCACUUUGCUGCUGGCCAGUCACAGGUCAAGGAGAGGAACGACGACUACAAUGAGAUCACGCGCAGACUCACCUUCCCCAUGGGUCGUCUGCUGUACUCGCAUGACUACGUUUUCUGGUGUGGAGACUUUAACUAUCGAAUCAGUCUGCCCAAUGAGGAAGUGAAAGAGCUAAUCAAACAGCAGAACUGGGAUGCCUUGACAGCUGGGGACCAGUUGUUGGACCAGAAGAAUACUGGUUUGGUUUUCCGAGGUUUUAUCGAGGGGAAGAUAGAUUUUGCCCCCACCUAUAAGUAUGACCUCUUCUCAGAAGAUUAUGACACCAGUGAGAAGUGCCGCACACCAGCCUGGACUGACCGCAUACUCUGGAAGAGGAGGAAGUGGAACUUUAGCAAAACAGCAGAGGAGAUGAAUGUAGUAGGGGCAGCUUCGACUUCUAGGGACAAUGAGGAUGAUCCAGACAAUCCCUGGAGCCCUGGGACUCUGAAGUACUAUGGCAGGGCUGAGCUUAAGACCUCAGACCACAGGCCCGUGGUGUCGAUAAUAGAUGUGGACAUCCUGGAGGUCGACCCGGACGCGCGGCACCAGGUCUACAAAGACGUCAUUGCCCUGCAGGGGCCUCCAGACGGCACCAUCCUGGUGUCCCUCUGCUCCUCCGGCCCUGACGACUACUUUGACGAUGCACUCAUAGACGAGCUGCUGGACAAGUUUGCUCAUUUUGGAGAGGUCAUCCUCAUCAGGUUCGUUGAGGAGAAGAUGUGGGUGACUUUCCUAGAAGGUUACUCUGCUCUUGCUGCUCUGUCUCUCAGCGCCUCCACUGUCCUCGGCAAGAUGUUGGACAUCCGUCUGAAGAGUCCAGGUUGGAUCAAGAAUCUAGAGGAUGAGAUGAGCGUGGAUAGGAUCUGUGGAAGCAUCCCUACGUCAGCCAGCUCCACCCUGCUGGCUGAGGACACGGACAUGGGCGAUGAUGAUUACGAUAUGGAAGGCGAUGUGGACGAGGAGGUAGAGGAGAUCCUUCCCCAGCACCUUCAGCCUGGAGCAGGCUCUGGCCCUGGUUCCUCCCCUCUCCCCUCCCCCCGCAGUAGUCCCUGUCCCUCCCCCACCCACGGAGAACCUACCGCCCCCAGCAGGCCUAGUCGUGGAGUACAACCCUCCCGACCAUCACAUGCAGAGUUAAGCCCAUCAUCAUUGAGGAGAGAAAUUACAGGGCCUCCUGUUGACUUCCAGCCUGGUGCCCCCACGUCUCUAGAGCCCAAACGCCCGCCUCCCCCUCGUCCCCACGGCCCCCCAGCCAGACCAGCACCCCCUCAACGCCCACCACCACCUUCAGCUCGAGGCCAGGUAGCAGUGGGAGCUCCUGGACCUGGAGGUGCUCCCAGACCGAAUAUCCCUGCUCGUGCUGGGGUAAUCAGUAUUCCCCCUCAGUCUCGCCCACCACCUCUCUCUCACCCUGGAGCACCCAGGCCCAUCCCAGACGUGCAUCCUGGGGCCCCUCGGCCCAUCCCAGACACCCACCCUGGAGCCCCACGACCUGUGCCCGGUGGCCAGGCCAAACCUACUGACCUGCCUCUGGGUCCUCCUCCUUUAGAGCCCCCUGCAGCAAGACCCCAGGUUCCAUCACCCAUGCAGCCCCAAACGGCUUCCCCUUCAGUUCAGUCCCAACUCCCACCAGCAAUGCAGCCCCCCAUGCAGCCCCAACCAGCUGCCCCUUCAGUUCAGUCCCAACUCCCACCACCGAUGCAGCCCACAUUUCCAGCUCCACUCCAGCCACAGCAAGCUCCUAAAGCAGCGUCCCCUCCUGCCGCCACUGCUGCUACCCCCCCUGCUGGGCUUCCACAGGGUCUAGCCUCCCCUAAACCCCCACCACGCUCCCGCUCCUCUCACACUCUGCCACCUGAUGCUGCCAAGUCUGAGACUGCCCCAGCUGCGCAGACGAAUGGCCUGAAUGGAAUCCAAAGAGAAGCACAAUGGAUGCCCGAACCCUUCGACACCCUUGCUUCUGAUUUUGUCUCCUCUUCCUCAUUCUCCUGGCACACCACCCAGUCCCUGACCAGAGGCUCCUCUCUGCGUACUCCACCCUCUGUUCCUGUGUCUACGAUGUCCUCCAGCACUCUCCCUUCAUCCUUCUCCCUCCAGUCAUCUGCUCUGUCAGACUUGCAGGCACUUGAUUCAUCUUCCUCUUCCUCACUCUCCACCCCAUCACCGUUCACCUCCUCCCUGCUCCCGCCCCCUCCGGUUCCGUCUCGUAGCCGCUCCCAGGAGACACUGCGUGCGUCCCCUGGCCCCCUCCCGACUGACUUGCUUCCUGCCCGACCCAGCAGCACCAAUCCCUUCACAGGCCCACUGGCGCAUCAGCAGCACCGCUCCCUCACCCCGGACUUCAGCGUCCAGCUUACCGCCCCGAAGCCAAACAUUCAGAGGAACAUGUCUGUUCUUACUCAACCACUCAUCCCCACCCCUGCUCCAACAGCAGCCCCUACUGCAGCACCCACCUCCCAGUUACAAAGGACCAUGUCCCUGUUUGGUCCAUCAUCCACCUUUAAUCCUACACCUGCUCCUCUGCUCCCCCUCGCCCCAUCUCCUGUCUCCUUCUUGCCUCUGGCACCACCCUUCUCCAUUCUGCCUGCACUUCGUGGCCAGCCACCUCCUCCAGGAGCCAAACCGACCCAGCAUUGGGUCACGUUUGAUGAUGAUUUGGAUUUUCAACCUCCAACUAAAACGCCACAAGCCCCCGUCUUCCCUUCCAGUUCCCUAUUGUCCCAGACUCAGACUCGGCCCUCCCGCUCUGUGUUUGACUCUGAGCCCGACUGGUUAUCCUCGGCCCCUUCAGUGUUCCCAACUCUCCCUCCUCCCAUCCCAACUAGAACUGUAACCAGUAACCCAAAGCUCCCAGAGGGACCCAGUGAUGACUUCUUCUUCCCCAGGGAGUCAACAGAAAGAUAGGAUCAUUCUUAAUAUGUAAAGGGCAUAUCCAGAUAUGUAUAGAUAUAUGAUAUAUGAUGUGUAUAUGUGUGUGUGUAUGUACAAAAGAGACAGUAUUUAAGAAGUAUAAACCAAUCCCCUUCCAAAUCGCAGGAAAGGAUUUAUAUCUCGAGCAGCAACGUGAGAGGUGUAUGAGCCUAAAGGUGUGUUCUAACUUUACCACAGGGAUGUCUGCUUGUUCUCUGAUAUUACCAUUUAUUUUAAUAUAUGAAUCGUUUUCAUGUUUAUUUUUAUUCAUGGCAGCAAACGUGCCUGUGUCUACAGUAUAGAGGUAUAUAUAGUACAUCUACACGCACAAAUCAUUUGUUUAAUCACCUGUGCAAUAUUCAGACAUUGUCUGUUCGGCUGUGCAGCACAAUGCAUUCGCCUGUGUGGUCCAGUGUUACCUUGGCAUUUGCUACAUUUGCUGAGACACUGCGGUUCAUAUCCAUAAUUUUGACUAACCUGUACAUCACAGCGUGAUUCUCAGAGUAGAGGGUAAUAUUCUACCUUCUCACUUUACAUGUAGUAGAAGGUUAUGCACUGCAGGUUUUACAUUUGCCCCCAAAAUAGUUAGUUCUAAGUUUUGUUCCGUUCUUCUGUGUCUGAGGGGACAAAUUUAAAAGUUAUAUUGUGCACUUGCUUUUGUCAUGAAUGUACUUAAUGUUGCACUGGGUUUUGUCAUUGCUUAAUGCUGACGUCACAGCGUGAAAAAGAACCACACGAGUCAGUGUCAUAGUCUGUCAAACUGCCGCAGUACUGAUGCUCUAUAAUGCCAUCCCAUCCACUUGAUAGUAAGAUAUUUUGUUAACUCUCUAUUCAGCCAUCAGUCUUUGUCAAUUGUCUGUUACGAUUAGCUGAAUAUAUUUUGUAGCUCUACUGUAUAUCAAAAUCUAUACAUAGUGUUUAUGUAUAAAUGUACGUUUUCAACAUGGAAAGUACUUGCUUAAAUGUGCGUUUUGUGAUGACCGUAUCAGUGGUUUGCACAGUGUUUACUGAUAUGAACUGAAAGGCUGUAUUCUCUCUUGUUUGUAUUUUUGCUGAUAGAAAUGAGAGCCUGUGGAUUGAACAGAUGACAUUUCCACCUCUGUAGUGUUUUGAUCCUUGAUUUCUCCAAAGCAUUUAACCACACUAUUGUAAAUUCAAAGAAUGUGGCGUGUGUAUACUUCUGUUACUCAAAGUUCGAAGAUGGUGUGAUUUGGGUCCAUGGACAUGGCAGCAGACAAGCCAUGCAUAAUAAUAAUAAUAAUAAAGAGGGCACAUUUUUUUUACUUCAAAUUUUGUUAAUUACAAAGGUAAUGCUUUUAAAAUUUUAAUUUCUAAGAACAUUUACUCUAAAUAAUCUAUUGUUGAUACUGUGGUGAGAAGUAACGUACUGUGUUUGAGGUGCAUAUCGUCUUGUCAUGUCUGACAAAGUUUGUGUUUUGGAUGUGAGGGUGUGUGUGUACAGUGUGUGAGUUAAGAGUGGAAUAUCAGCGCUUUUCCCCUAAGGAAGUCUUCUCUUUUAAGUGCACACAGUGUAUUAGCUUACAGAUUCUGAACUAACGGCCACUGUAUUCACACGCUUAUGGCUGUAACUGCAUUUCUGCUCUCUGGCCUUCCAAGGGCUGUGGAGUGGCUUCACUGUAUGCGAAAAAUGCUAACAAUACAAGACCAAUGACUUUUUCACAAAGCACCCACCACAUGAGUGAGAAUUCCCCCACAGCAACACUAAUGGAAGACUAUUCGCCACCUUGACUGAAUAGACAGACUCAACUACACUGUAUGCUUGAAUGCGUGGCCAGAUUCUCAGUUCCAGUUGACUGUUUGUGUCCUUCCCAGGCGCAGCAUUGCCCACAUUCCAGACAGUAGUGUGAUUUGAGUGUUGGGUGUCAAACUGUCCUCAGCGUUUGCAGAUCCACCUGUGAUAUCUAAUCCAUAGCUGUAUCCUCCAGUUGAGAGUAAUUGUUACUGAGCUUUGCUGGUUUUGUAACCAUUCAUGAGGUGUGUGUGGUGUUGUCAAAGGUGAUGUGUCUGUACUACCUUACUUCUCUCUUUCACUGCUGAUGAGUUGUAUUAUUUAUGGUCUUAAAAGCAUGGAGGAUAAAACAUUUGACCCAAGAAAGUACCAACUAACGCUUCUGCACUUUGUUUAAACACAAUGUAAAGUCAGUACAAAUAAUCUGUGUUCAUUGCACUGAAAGCAGUAGAUACUGUAUCUAUGUAAGCAAGUGUAUCGGGUUGCAUUUGCUUACAUGUGGAUGUCAUCUCUAAAAUGCAUUUAUUGUGUUAUCCAAAUGUGUGCAGUAGAUACUGUAUCUGCAUCAACAGUAAGGGACUAGCCAGCGCUUUGUGUCAUGUCAUGUUCAAGAUGAGGUUUUAUAGGAAACAAAUUGCUCCUUUUGUGAGGUUGGUGUCCCUUUUUAUGGCUAUAAUCCAUAGUAAAUAAAGAGCCUGUGUUGUUGAACAUAUUCUGUAUGUAUUAAAGAGAAAACAUGAAGCUGCCAUUCAUGUUAAUAUCCAACGUUCCAUAUUUUAAGUGCACAGCUGAUUGCACAUUUAUGUAUGAAGCAGUUUAUGUUGUAUGUAUGCAAAAAUAAAUGUAAGUUGACCCAGAA